CGCCGCGGCUCAGUCUGUAGGAACGCAAAAUUACAAACGACAAUGGGUCACAACACUGUCAGUAUGAGACGUCUAGUUCUCCUGGGCAGCGCCCUCGUGUCGACGGUGUGCGCGCAGAGCUGCGUCAGCGUGACGGCGCGCUACACGCCUCAGUUAGGCACCGGCUACACCGCGAAGCCGAUCCUGAACGGCUUGAAGAGCCCCAGAGACAUGAUUUUCGACAAGCUGGGUAACAUGCUCGUCGUGGAACAGGGCGGCGGCGGGAUAAGGUAUAUCAAGCUGAUGGAAAGCGGCGACUCGGUGUGUGUUGAGUCGAGCAAGACACUGAUCACAGACUCCACGCUCAACCACGGCAUCGACAUCACAGCCGAUGGCAAGACCCUGAUCGUGUCCAGUCUUGCCAGUGUAUUUGCAUAUACGUAUGAUGCCGAGACGGGAACUGCCACGGACAAGAAGAUAAUCAUCAAUAACAUGACAAACGGCGGUCAUCAGACCCGGACUCUGCUCAUCUCAAAAUUGAACCCCGAUCUGCUGUUGGUCUCCCGCGGCUCGGAUGCCAAUAUCGACGCCCGUGCCGGCGAUAUCACAUCUGGACACUCGACCAUCAAGUACUACAGCAUUUCCGCGAUCCUGCAGACGCCUGCCGACCAUGCAAAGGACGGUAUCGUUCUCGGAUGGGGGUUGAGAAACAACGUCGGGCUGGGGGAGCACCCGAUCACAGGCGGCAUUUACUCGGUCGAGAACUCGAUGGACGACAUCAAGAGGCAGGGCAAGGACGUACACAACGAUAACCCGGCCGAGGAGCUGAACUACCACGGCGUUGUAAACGACACGGACAAGAACCCACUCCAGGGAAAGAAUUACGGGUACCCCGGCUGUGUCUCCGCAUGGGAUCCCUCUGUGCUGUCCAACCCCGAUCUCAAGGUCGGUUCGCAGUUUGUCCCGAACCUAGCUGCAGGUACCACCAUCGCAACGGCCGAUGCCGACUGCGCCAAGUUUGAGGCACCGCGUCUCGUGUUCCCUGCCCACACGGCCCCGCUCGACAUCAAGUUCAAAGCCGACGGCAGCGCCGCGUUCGUCUCGUUCCACGGGAGCUGGGACCGGCAGCCCCCGGAUGGCUAUCGCGUCAUGCGAUAUGAAUUCGGGGCCGACGGCCAACCCAAAGAACUGUCGACAAGCAAGACCGCCAGCAUCCCCGUCAUGCUGAACGCCGAUAAUUCCAAGUGUCCGGGUGCGUGCUUCCGCCCGGCCGGGCUGGCAUUGGACACCAAGGGCCGGCUGUUCAUGUCGAGCGAUUCGACCGGCGAGAUCUUUGUGAUUACCGGAGCUUAGUCUGCUUGAGCUGUAUACCGGGUGGGGCCACAAUGACAUGCAAACCUCGUUAUGAGUUGAGAUGGAUUGUGUGGAGGCACUGGAGGGUAAUCUCGGAGAAGGGCAAAAAUAACCCGAGAUCAUUAAUGGGGGGGUUAUGCCUGCAAAGUCUACCGUUUGUGGUUCUUCGUUGCGACGUUGCCGGAAGUGUGUUUUGAUAAAAAAGAAAGGGAAGCGCGCUGCGCGACACAACUAAAACUGUGAUCACUG